UUAAUAUAGCCAAGUUUUAGCCGCAUAAUUAAACACUACUGUGAAGUAGAUUACAGUGGGGUCCAAGCCUAGGAAAGAGAUAAAAGAUGUGCCCUAGGACUGCAAAGCUCUCUGGUUGAGCCCAAGCCUUUCCAGGCUCUAGCUAGGGAUACCAGCUCUGCCUCAGGUCUUGGAGAAUUCCCAUCGGGGUACUGGCCCCAUCAGCCACACCGUGCCUCCCCUCAAUCAGUUCUGGUCCAGAGCAGAUGCCCCCUCACACAUUCAGCAGUCCCUCGAAGGUUCCAGGAGCUCCCUACACUUACUUUUAGGGCAAGAGAAUGCAGGCCCCGCCCACAGCCCGGGUAGGCUAGGCCCCGCCCACAGCCCGGGUGGGCAGGCUGCCUUCUGCCCUAUUUUGCAUAUUCAUGAGGUAGAGCCAGGCAGGCUAAGGGGUAAACCUAAGAGUUACGAAUUAUUCAUGAAGAGACUCCUGUGGCCUGGCCGGAAAGUCGUAAAGCUAAGGGGCGGGCUUUAUGCUGGGAAAAGCCGUUGGCCUCGGCUGAGGUGAAGGCCUCACCGCGUGUCCAUACGCUGGGGGUCUCCAGAGACAGGCGUUCGGGUGGGUUCUGUGGUCUUCGAGUUCAGACUUCUUUGUUCUUUUUAAUUGAGAGGUUUGAUUUGGAAGUAUUUCGUGGAACUCGAAAGCCCUCAGAGUAGAAGUAUAAUCGUGUUGGGGGGAUGCCAAGUAGGACCGGAAGCUGCAGAUGGAGAAACUGAGGCCCACAUCUUGUCCAGGGUUACAUAGUGAACUGCACCCUGCGAUGUGAUCUUAGGCAGGAGGUGUUCUGGGUCAGAUGUGACAGUUACACUAUAACGACAACAGAGGAAAACAGCAUUUAAAGACUGCCCAGGACCACGAGGUUGGAGUUGUUGAACGAAUCCUGAUUCAUUCUCACGAUGGCUACUGCUCAGCUCUCUCACAACCCCAGAACACUGAAGGCAUCUAAGAAAACAAUUUUCCCAUCCCAAAUCACAAAUGAGCGUGAGUCACUGGUGAUGGUGAAGAAACUCUUUGCCACCUCUAUCUCGUGUAUAACGUAUCUGAGGGGCCUGUUUCCAGAGAGCUCUUACAGAGAUCGCUAUUUGGAUGACCUCAGUUUAAAAAUUCUCCGGGAAGACAAAAAGUGUCCUGGGUCAUUACAUAUUAUUAAAUGGAUUCAAGGUUGUUUUGAUGCUUUGGAAAAGAGAUACCUGCACAUGGCGGUGUUAACACUUUACACAAAUCCCAAGGAACCGGAGAAAGUGACUGAGAUAUACCAAUUCAAAUUCAAAUACACAAAAAAGGGAACCAGUAUGGACUUUGACAGCAGCAGCACGAGCUUUGAAAGUGGGGCACACAGUAAAGAUGUUAAGAAAGCCUGCUCCCUACUCAUCCGCCAGUUGUAUGUCCUGAUGCAGAACCUUGGACCCCUUCCUAAUGAUGUCAUACUCACUAUGAAACUCCACUAUUAUAACUCAGUGACCCCACAUGAUUACCAACCCCCUGGUUUUAAAGAAGGGGUGAAUUCACACUUCCUAUUGUUUGAGGGUGAGCCCGUGAGCCUUCAAAUGGGUUCAGUCUCCUCUGACUUUCACAGCAUGAAAUUAAAAGUCACAACUGAGGCCACCAGAAUGCUGGAUGGGGAGAACAGUGUCGGUCAGGACGACAGCACUACUGGGAUAGCCCCUCAGGGUAUAGACUGUGUCAGUCAGGACAACGGCACUACUGAGAUAGCCCAUCAGGGUCUAGACUGGGAUGAGGAAGAGGAGGCCUCCAGCAGCCAAGUUCAAAGAAUGAAUUUUGUGCACAUUGAGCCAAGUUUUGAAAGCACCAGGAAGAAGAGGAAGGUCAGCGAACCAGUGACAAUCUUCAUUCCAAACAGAAAAUGAAACAGGUGCCUUUGCUACGCCUGUUUGCAAAAACAUGAAAUGUCGUAACAGGAGUCACCAAAACUUUUUCCUAAAGCUUUUGCUCAAUUUUUGACUCAGUUUGUGAAGGGGCUAAGCUAUUGAGCAGGUCCUGGGUUCGCUUCUCCAGAAGGAAACAAGAUCACCAGAGCUGCCUUGGCCUGGCAUUAUCUCACGGCCGAGUUAGAGAUGAGACAUGCUUUGUGCUUGCACGAAAACCCAGCAGUUAUUUUGGGAAGAAAUAGCUGCUGUUCUUAAAGAAAAGGCUUUUCUUUACAUAAUUCAGUUCUCCAGGUAUCUCGACUGCUGUGAACUACUCUGACUUGUUAUAACCUGUGUGUGGGAAUCCUUCUGUAGCUUUAGUAAAGCUCACACACACAGAGCCGCAUAGGACGUCUGAAGGUGCUUAGCCCAGUGUGAGUUAUAUGUUGACUUCAGUCUCAAGGUUGAUGAGGAGCGUGCAGGUCCUGAUGCCCUCCCUGUAAACCUCCUCAGCUCUGCCUCAGGCCCUUUUGUUGGCCAAUCCCAAAAGCUGACAUGCAGUUCAGGGGCCUGGUUCCCUUGUAAGACCUAUGUUGAGUGUUUUCCCCAAAAUACCUGCCUUUAUCAGUCUGUAACUUGCAGGUGAUGCUAUUUGUCCUCUCCAUAUUCUGGAAGAAUUUUGAUAGGCUUAAUGAUUAAUGUAAAAUGAAUAAUAAAUGACUUAAAGAAUUGGUUUAUGA